AUGAAUUCACCCAGCAAGGGGAUGAAGACUGUCUCUGGGAGGUACCCUCGGUUCGAACUACGCGAUGAGCACAAGGCGGAGUUGAAGGAAGCCUUUGAUGUGUUCGACCGUGAGGGUACUGGUAUCAUCGAUAUCAGGGGUCUCCGCGUCAUUCUGCGAGCUCUGGGAUUCGAGACUGAGAAGGAAGAGUUGAAGCGUUUGGUUGGGAAAUACACAAGAGGGUCGGUGCCGAAGUCGGGUCCAGUGGUCGGGGAGGAGACGAUGACUGAUGAUAAGCAGUCGGAGCCACCCCAGUCCCGACAACAGCAGCUACGGGAUGCGUCACGACCAUCGACAGCGGCACAACAGGAUGGGGAUGAGGGCAAGGCUGAUGAGCAAGAGGAGGAUGGUGAGGAAGGGUCGCCAAGGGAGCAUGGUACGUUGGACUUCUAUGAAUUCCUAGAAAUUAUGUUGGAGAAGAUGACGGAGCAGGACUCGAGGGCCGUAGUGGAGAAAGCCUACCAUAUGUUCAAAGGGGAGUCUGGCAAGGUAUCGCAUGCUAAUCUCAAGUCGCUAGCGAUGGAGCUCGGUGAGCACUUAUCGGAGGACGAGCUGAAUGAGAUGAUGAAGGGGGCAGAUGUUGAUGGUGAUGGGCUGAUCAGUGAGGAGGAAUUCAUGAGGAUUAUCCUUAAGCCUGACAGCAGACCAUUCUGA